AAAAAUAUACUGUAGUUCAAGCGCCAAGUAUCCAUUAUUUCGGACGUGGUGGUGAAAAUUGAGAGUGCUAACGUGUGCAAAGGACUGCAUAAAUGAAUAAUGUCUUUGAGGUCGAAAGCCUUGGCUCUGGUGGAGGUGCUGUUGAGGGUGCCUCCGCUGUUUGUGGUGGAUGAGUUCCUGAAAAUUAGCUUGGGACUGCCGGUAUCGAGCGGCGAGGAGUUACCGGUCCUCAGCAACCUGACUGCUGACCACAUUGACGUCACUGACUCGGACGUGAACUACUAUGAUGCCAAUUUCUACAACGCUUUCUUCUUCACAUUCCUCAAAUUCCUGAUUUGUUGCUUAGGAUGCAUGUCGGCACUCUGCAUAUUCGUGUUGUACACGAAACACCUUAUCAUAGUAUACCUGUACCUGAUGUCAGUGGGUAUAGUGUUCGUCUCCUACUGGACUAAUGUUUCGGCCGUCAAACAGAUCCAAUUGACUCAAUUGGCGACCGACCAGCCCGGCGGCAGCGUCCUGGAAGACAUCCUAAACCUCAACAUGAAUAGCCUCCUCGACCUCGACGGCCCCGGCGUACUAGUCAUGCAGAACUUCGCCAUACAAUUCGUCCUAGCUAUUCUAUUCAGAAACGUGCAUUUCGGCCCACGACACUCUACCGUGCAGAAGAUGCUACCUAUCAGCUUCAUGGCACCGUCCUUCUUAGCCAUGCUGCCCAUACACACGAAUCUACUAAAUCACUCGCCAGUAUUCUCCACACUAUUACCGCUAUGCCUCAUAUUAUACGUCCUUUCAUCGUCGGCCUACAACGUGAUCCAAGUUAUUUACGCUGGCUACCAGCACGGACGACUCUUCGUCAGCAAUUAUGGAUUAUCAGCCUUAGUUGAAACUGAGUGGAUGAGACUCAACAUACCGUGCGUGCUGAGAGUCUUCUGGGUGAUGAGAGUCGCGGAACACGCGAUAUUACUUCUUAUGGACAAUUACGACGAUGAUACUGAAGAAGUUCUGAAAGUAUCCACUUUACUAGCCGUCCAGUCUUUAGCUUCUAUGGCAAAAUCGCUGCUUGUGACAGGAUGCGAAACGAUUACAGCCGUGCUGGGCAUGACUUCAGUUAUCUCGUUCUUCUGUCAUUACAUUGGCAACUUCUUCCAAUGGAUUUUACUGACAGACGAGGACGAGGACAAGAGUAUAGGCGCCGUGUCCGCCAUUUUAUUUUAUAUACUCGCAUUGCAAACCGGCCUAACUUCACUCAAUCCAGAAAAGAGAUUCGUCCGAUUGUGUAGAAACUUUUGUCUGCUGUUCACCGCACUUUUGCACUUUUUACACAACAUUGUGAAUCCUAUGCUGAUGUCGCUCAGCGCUUCGCACAACCCCAGCACUCAUCGACACGUGAGGGCGCUCGGCGUUUGUGCUUUCCUCAUAAUCUUUCCAAUGUCACUUCUCGUGUACCUAUGGUCGCAAUACUCGAUCUCAACUUGGCUGCUAGCGGUCAGCGCGUUCAGUAUAGAAGUCAUAGUGAAGGUGAUCGUGAGCCUAAUGAUCUACUCACUGUUCCUAAUCGACGCCUACAGAAGCACAUUUUGGGAGCAACUAGACGAUUACGUGUAUUACAUAAGAGCUUUCGGGAACACUAUAGAGUUUUGUUUUGGAAUUUUCUUAUUCUUCAACGGGGCAUGGAUUCUGUUGUUCGAGUCCGGUGGUGCUAUCCGGGCAGUCAUGAUGUGUAUACACGCUUACUUCAACAUUUGGUGUGAAGCGAGAGCCGGCUGGUCCGUGUUCAUGAAACGGCGAACUGCUGUCAAUAAGAUCAACUCUCUGAGAGAAGCGUCGGCCGAUCAGCUGGACCAGCUGGACGAUGUGUGCGCCAUAUGCUACCAGGAGAUGCAUUCGGCGAAGAUCACGCGGUGUAAUCACUUCUUCCACGGCGUGUGCCUACGGAAAUGGCUUUACGUCCAGGACAGAUGUCCGCUGUGUCACGAUAUACUCUAUAAGAUAGACAGCGACGGUGUCAACAAGGACAAUAACUCAGAAGCUGGGAAUGAGGAGAACAGCAACAAUCAGAACCUUCUACUAGAAGAGGAGCCGGGUCUCCUGCUCGGCGAAGGGGUCAGGUGACUGCUCGACGAAGACAUAUACCACUUAGAUUGAAACAAUGGCAAGUUCAGUGACCCGACUAGUUUGAGUGGUAUCAACCAAUCUGUAUAGUUCAUGUGUUUUUUUUUUAAUUUUAUAUAUGAUAUAUAUAAACCAGAUAUAGCUGUGAUGAAGUGGACGGUUCAAUUUGUGCGUGAUGUAGUUGCGCUCUUGUGAGUACCGUGUCGUGCUUGUGUGG